AUGGCUCCGAAAGCUGGGAAAGCCAAACCCCACAAAGCUAAAGGAGAGAAGAAGAAGAAAGAAGAGAAAGUAUUGCCUACGGUCAUAGAAAUAACAAUUGACACUCCCGAUGAUACACAAGUGAUGCUCAAGGGAAUCUCGACGGACAGGAUUUUAGAUGUGCGGAAACUCUUGGCCGUUCAUGUUGAGACUUGCCAUUUGACCAAUUACUCCUUAUCACACGAGGUACGAGGGCCAAAACUGAAGGAUUCGAUUGAAAUCGCUUCUCUCAAACCAUGUCACCUCUCUAUUGUUGAAGAGGACUACACGGAGGCCCAAGGUAUAACCCACGUCAGACGACUCCUGGACAUAGUUUCAUGCACAUCUUCUUUCGGCGGGCCCAAAUCCAAUAACAAAAUCAGUUCCAAAGAUGCCUCAAAGGAACCCGGUUCAACCAACACCGAACCCGGUCCGGACACUGCCACUUCUCCCAAGCCACUCACCGACAAGAAGUCCGGCACCGUUCCUCCUCCGCAGAAACCGAAACCGGCGAAAAAUGAGGCUUUCACCGUCGAAGGAGAUUCCUCGCCGCCGGCGUUGCUCUAUCCUCCGCCGCGUCUUAGCCAAUUUUACAAUUUCUUCUCUUUCUCUCACCUCACACCUCCGAUUCAAUAUAUUAGGAAAUCAACACGGCCAUUUCUGGAGGGAAAAGCUGAUGAUGAUUUCUUUCAAAUUGAUGUUAAGGUUUGUAGUGGGAAGCCAACCACCGUGGUGGUGUCUCAGAAAGGAUUUUAUCCUGCUGGAAGACGUAUUCUUUUGAGCCAUUCUUUGGUUGGAUUGCUUCAACAACUAAGCAGGGCGUUUGAUGCUGCAUAUAAAGCUCUCAUGAAAGCUUUCACUGAGCAUAACAAAUUUGGAAAUCUACCAUAUGGAUUCCGGGCAAACACCUGGGUUGUGCCACCCUUUGUUGCUGAGCAGCCAUCUAUAUUUCCUCCAUUGCCAGUUGAAGAUGAAAACUGGGGAGGGAAUGGUGGCGGACAAGGAAGAGAUGGCAUGCAUGAUCAACGGCCAUGGGCGAAAGAAUUUGCAAUUUUAGCAUCAAUGCCUUGUAAGACAGCAGAGGAAAGGCAGAUUAGAGACAGGAAAGCGUUUUUACUUCAUAGUCUAUUCAUCGACGUUUCUGUCUUUAAAGCAGUUUCAGCCAUAAGGACUGUCAUUGCUAAUGAACAGAAUUUGCCAAAUGGUCCAAGCUCAAUCCCAUACGAAGAGAAAAUAGGGGAUCUUUAUAUUCAGGUGACCAAGGAUGAGCCAGAUGCUAGCUUGAAGUUGGAUUGUAAAAAUGAUGGCAGUCGGGUAUUAGGAAUCCCUCAGGAGGAGCUUACUAUGCGUAACUUACUCAAAGGGAUAACUGCAGAUGAAAGUGCAACUGUUCAUGAUAUUCCCACCUUGGGAGUUGUAGUGGUUCGACACUGUGGCUACACAGCAAUUGUGAAAGUGGUAGCUGAAAAAGAUCAAAAUUGCAAAUUUACUUCCGAGGACAUUGAUAUUUGUGACCAGCCUGAUGGUGGCGCUAAUGCCUUGAAUGUGAAUAGCUUGAGAAUGCUAUUGCAUCAGACAUCCACACCCCAAUCAGCUUGUCCAAUUCAAAGAUCAAACAUCUCAGAUGUGGACGAGUUGCGUGCUUCUAGGUCAUUGGUGCGGAAGAUUUUAAGUGAAAGUUUGUUGCGAUUGCAAGGCAUGGACAAUAAACGGACAAAAUCUAUUCGAUGGGAGUUAGGAGCCUGCUGGGUACAACAUUUACAAAGUCAAAGUAAAACUGAUGCUGGUAAAGGAGAUGAAGCUAAAGUUGAGCCAGCUGUAAAGGGUCUUGGGAAAAAUGGAGGAUUACUCAAGGAUAUCAAAAAGAAAUCAGAUGACAGAAUAUCUAAGUCUGAGGUAAAAAAAGACACUGCAAGUGAUGGUUCUGAUAUGUGCAAGAAAGAAAUGGAAAAGUUGGAAGAGGAAAAAGAAACGAUGUGGAAAGAACUACUUCCAGAAACUUCAUACAGGCGCCUGAAAGAGUCAGAGACUGAUCUUCACCUGAAGUCACCCUCCGAGUUGAUUGAGAUGGCCCACGAUUACUAUGAUGAUACUGCUCUACCAAAACUGGUGGCUGAUUUUGGCUCACUUGAACUUUCACCUGUUGAUGGAAGGACAUUAACUGACUUCAUGCAUACGAGGGGUUUGCAAAUGUACUCCUUAGGACGUGUGGUUGAACUUUCAGAAAAGCUCCCUCAUGUCCAAUCGCUCUGUGUACAUGAGAUGGUUGUUCGAGCUUAUAAACAUAUAUUGCAAGCUGUUGUAUCAGCAGUUAAUCAUAUUGGAGAUUUGGCAGUGUCAAUAGCAUCAUGUUUAAAUGUACUCUUAGGUACACCAUCCAAAGGAAAUUCUAAUCCUGAAACUCGCGAUGAUGAUAAGUUGAAAUGGAAGUGGGUGGAAGCUUUUCUCUUAAAUAGAUAUGGGUACAAAUGGAAGGAAGAAAGCUGUAAUGAUCUAAGAAAGUUUGCCAUUCUUCGUGGGAUUUGCCACAAGGUUGGUCUAGAGCUUGUCCCAAGGGACUAUGACAUGGAUUCUUCAUCUCCUUUCAACAAGUUGGACAUUAUAAGCAUGAUUCCUGUUUAUAAGCAUGUUGCAUGUUCAUCUGCGGAUGGACGUACUUUGUUGGAAUCUUCCAAAACCUCACUGGAUAAAGGCAAAUUGGAAGAUGCUGUUAACUAUGGAACCAAGGCUCUUACCAAAUUAGUUUCAGUUUGUGGGCCGUACCAUAGAAUGACAGCAGGAGGAUAUAGUCUUCUGGCUGUGGUUCUCUAUCAUACUGGGGAUUUUAAUCAGGCUACUAUUUAUCAGCAAAAAGCUUUGGAUAUCAAUGAGAGGGAGCUUGGGCUUGAUCAUCCAGACACAAUGAAAAGUUAUGGUGACUUGGCUGUGUUUUACUACCGGCUUCAGCACACAGAAUUGGCCUUGAAGUAUGUCAAUCGUGCACUUUACCUUUUGCACCUAACUUGUGGACCGUCUCAUCCAAAUACUGCUGCCACCUAUAUUAAUGUUGCAAUGAUGGAAGAAGGUUUGGGCAAUGUACAUGUUGCUCUGAGAUACCUCCAUGAAGCUCUGAAGUGUAACCAAAGACUUCUUGGAGUUGAUCAUAUACAGACUGCUGCCAGCUAUCAUGCUAUAGCAAUUGCUCUCUCUUUGAUGGAAGCGUAUACAUUGAGUGUUCAGCAUGAACAAACCACUCUUCAAAUUCUUCAGGCAAAACUUGGGCCAGAUGAUCUUCGUACACAGGAUGCGGCUGCGUGGCUUGAAUAUUUUGAAUCAAAGGCCCUGGAGCAGCAAGAAGCUGCAAAGAAUGGUACCCCAAAGCCAGAUGCUUCUAUAUCUAGCAAAGGACAUUUAAGUGUGUCAGAUUUGCUGGAUUAUAUUUCCCCAGAUGCUGAAAAUAAAGCAAGAGAUGCCCAAAAGAAACAAGCUCGUGCAAAGGUUAAAGGCAAAGAAGGACAUCAUGGGGAGAUUGUUGAAGAUAAAUCCGGCAUGGAUGAAUCACUGUCACCAACUCAUCCCUUGAUGGAGAACUCCAGAGAUGAAGAUAACAAAUCUGAACUUGAGAACAAACCAGAGUCAUUUUUUAGUGAAACCAUUAGUGACAGCCUUGAUGUCACUUUAUCAGAAAAAAACUUUUUGAACCAGCUAGAUGAUCUUAUACAAGAUGAAAUAACUGAGGAAGGGUGGCAAGAAGCUUUUCCUAAAGGUCGGGCACCUGCGGGUCGCAAGCCAUCUGGCUCUAGGAGGCCGGGCCUAGCAAAGUUGAACACCAACUUCAUGAAUGCUUCCCAUUCAUCUAAAUUCCGAGGUAAAAGCACGAACUUCUUAUCCCCAAGGACAUCCCCUAAUGAGUUUGUUGCUGCUUCCACUUCCAGUUCUGCUCCAAAGAAGUAUAUGAAGAGUUCCAGCUUCAGCCCAAAGUCAACUUCUUCGACUAAUCUAGCUAAUGGUGGAGAGAAAGCAGCUAGCACAAAAUCAACUCCCACUAGUCCAGCCUACCCAGCAUCUUCAAUUAGUGUUCAGGCAGCGGGAAAGCUUUUCUCCUACAAAGAUGUCGCAGUAGCUCCACCUGGCAGUAUUGUAAAGGCAGUAUCUGAAAUGUUGCCAGAUGGAAGCUCUUCAGGUGCAAAUCUUGAAACAGGUAAUAAGACAAGCGUGGCUUCUGCAAAUGCAGUCACAGGCAUGAAAAAUGAGGGCAAACAAGACGUGAGAAAUGUCAAUGACGGGAAAUUACCUGUUGAUCUCGCUGAUCAAACAAAUGGCAUCUCCAAUAAGACACAAGAAAUUGAAAAUGAAAAUGAUAUGGCCUUGAUAUCUUCAGGUGGGCUAAAGAAUAGUGUAUCUAGUGCAAAAUCUUCUGAAGUACCUUUAGGCAAUGAAGAGAACAGUGUUACCCUAAGCAAAGAAGCAUCCACUAGUGGUUCUGAUUUGGAAGGUGAAAAUUCUGGUCAUUCCAUUAAAAUGGAACAUAGUGCACUGAAAAGGGAGGUAGCUGAAAUGCAAAACGAGAAAUGUGGCGAAACUUCACCAGAGAGUGAACCUUUCAGGAAAUUGGAAGCCACUACCGCAUGGCAGGAAAAAGAUGCAAUUGUCCCAAUUGAGAAACUGAGGGAUGAAAAGGCGAAUCUUAGUCUAAAGGUUGAUGACCUUACGCUAAGCUCUGGGGUUAACAAAGCAAAUGAAGAUACUGAAAUUACUCCUUCACCAAGUGAAGCCGGAAUACUGAGUGAUUCUGAGGCUGGAAAAGCAACAAGCAAGAAGCUUUCCGCAGCUGCACCUCCUUUUAAUCCAUCAACAAAUUCAGUUUUUGGAUCAGUCCCGGUUCAAGGUUUCAAAGAGCAUGGAGGUAUAUUGCCUCCUCCAGUAAACAUUCCCCCAAUGCUGCCAUUUAAUCCUGUCCGUAGAUCCCCUCAUCAGUCUGCCAGUGCAAGAGUUCCAUAUGGUCCACGACUGUCAGGUGGACACCACAGAUCUGGAAAUCGAGUUUCUCGCGGUAAAACAGUUUAUCACGGUACAGAACAUAAUGGGGAUACUGGUGACUUAGGCCCACCAAGAUUAAUGAAUCCGCAUGCUGUUGAGUUUGUACCUGGUUAUCCAUGGUAUAAUGGGUAUCCAGUUGCUCCAAAUGGUUUUGUAACAUACCCACAUAAUGCUGCUGCUCUAACAAAUGUUUACUCUAUGCAACAAAAUGGUGUGGUGUUGUCUCCAAACAGCCAGCUCGAGUCGUCUAAUGCUGUUCAGAUGAUGGAAAAUGGGUUUCCUGUACCUUUAAUAGAUUCAUCAGAACCUCAGUCGACUAUGACUGUUGAAGAAGAUGGUAUAGAUCAGAAUGAACUUGCAUCAAAUGCGGAUGCUGAGGAUUCCUCCAGUAACCAACCAAUUGUUGGGUCAUCAAUGGAGCCAGAGGGAGAGGAUCAGACUGAAGUUAGUGAAAAAUCUCUUGAUCAUGAAACUGGAGCUGUUGAAAAAUCAUGUAGCAACACUGAAGAAAAGCCCUUGGGAACAGGGAUCCAAACUUCCGAGAUUUCUAUUGUCAAUGAAAGCUGCGGUACUAAUGCUGCGGAGGAAAAGAAAGCAGAAUGUUGGGGAGAUUAUAGUGAUGGGGAAACCGAGAAUCAGGUUGAGGUCAAAAGUUGA